AUGCAAACAAAGAAGACUCUCAGAGCACUCAUCACAUUCCAAACCCUCUUGUUUUCUUCUCCACUCUCACGUCGUGACUUUAUUACAACAGCAACUUCAAGCGCACUAGCACUCAAGGCAAAUAACAAACUCGAUACCAUGACAAAUAUUCCGGAAGAUAGAUCAGGUCAGACCGCCAAAAUUUGGGACAGAUUUGCCAAAGGAUACGCUAAGCAGCCUAUUGACGAUCAGGAAGCAUACGAGAAGAAACUGAGUAUCACCCAGAAAUACCUCACAAAGGACAUGGAGGUCCUAGAGUAUGGUUGUGGUACAGGAGAAACAAGUCUAAUCCAUGCUCCAUUCGUCAAGCAUAUCCUCGCAACUGAUAUUUCUGGCAAGAUGCUCGAAGCCGCACACAAGAGGCUUGCGGCGUCGCCAGUAAAGAAUGUAGAAUUCCAACAAGUGUCUAUCGAUCAGCUGCAACUCAAGAACGAAAGCAAAGACGUUGUCCUCGGACUCAGUAUUCUGCACUUGCUCAAGAACCGAGACGAAGCCAUCGCCAAGACCUACCAGUGGUUGAAACCUGGAGGUAUAUUUGUAUCGAGCACAACCUGCGUUGGAAGCAUGGGUUCCGCGCCUUUCCUAAAGCGCAUCUUGCCUAUUGGCAGCUUCUUCGGUGCCCUUCCGUAUGUCAAUACUCUGACCAAAGAAGAUUUGAAAGAAAGCCUGAUCAAAAACAAGUUUGAGAUCGAGUACGAAUGGCAACCCAAGAAGGAUGCAGCGGUUUUUAUCAUUGCACGAAAGAGUGCCUAA